UAUUUAUUAUUUAGUUAAAAGUCUUAUCAUUACUUUCCCUCUAUUCUUCUUUUAUCUCUGUAAUCAGUUAAGAAAAAAAGGGUUCACAGUCUUCUCUUUCCUCUUCCCCAUUUUGAUUGAUCAAUCAUUCAUUCUUCUUCGUUACUAGCUACUUGGUUUCCCUUGUUGUACCUCUGCAAAUUUUCUUGACUCAUUUCCUUUUUGACGCAAACAAACACCAAAAUUGGUUAGCCAUUUUUCCAGGAAAAUUCAGCAUUCAUAACUCUGAUUCUAAAGAAGUAACAGACAGAGUGUGGUCCUUUUGUUGUUUUAUUUCUCUAUUUGCUUGUGUUUCAAAAUUAUCAUCUAUCUUUCCCAUGUAGAAGCAACUUUCUGUCUGAUUCAGAAUAUCGUUACUGAUCUCUGGGUUUAACUUGAGAGAAUUUUCCCAUAGUUUUUUAUUGAAAUCUAAACCCAAUGGAGAAGCAAAGGGAAGAAACCCGAAAGUACUUACCUUUGGGUCAGAGCGAUCCCUUUGGGAACGGCAACGAUGGAACCAUCGGCGAUCUCCUCGGUAGAUUCACUCAAGAGAUCAUCUCACCAUUGACUCUACAGCCCUUCUCCUACAACCCCCAGAUCCGAUUCCCGGGUCAGUUCGGGUCGCAACAGACAGGACACGAGAGCAACAACAACAAGAGCUCGUUGCUGGAUCCAGACUUAGAUCGAGUUCAGACAGCGAAACCAAACUCCAGGAAGAGAAAGUUGGUCCCUGCUUCUGCUUCUGGUAAUGGCAAGGAGUCGUCUCCAGCUUCUUCGUCUCUUACAGCUUCCAAUUCAAAGGUUUCAGGAGAGAUUGUUGGAUCCAAAAGAAGCAAGCAGGAUGAAGCUGGAAGCAGUAAAAACCUAACAGAUGGUUAUAAGGAUGAUGCAAAGCCUCCUGAGCCGCCCAAAGAUUACAUUCAUGUUAGAGCUAGAAGGGGUCAGGCCACAGAUAGCCACAGCCUCGCUGAAAGAGCAAGAAGAGAGAAGAUCAGCGAGAGGAUGACUUUGCUUCAGGAUCUGGUUCCUGGUUGCAACCGGAUCACUGGGAAAGCAGUUAUGCUUGAUGAAAUCAUUAACUAUGUGCAGUCCUUGCAGAGACAAGUCGAGUUCUUGUCAAUGAAGCUGGCUACUAUAAAUCCAAGGAUGGAGUUUAACUCUAAUGCAGCUUUAUCCACAGAGAUGAUUCAACCGGGCGAGUCAUUAACGCAGUCUCUUUACGCUAUGGCUUGCUCAGAGCAAAGACUUCCAUCCGCAUACUAUUCUCUUGCUAAGAACAUGCCUAGAUUCUCAGACACGCAAUUCCCCUCCAGCGAUGGAUUUGUUCAAGCUGAGACACAGGGAUUCUGGGAAAAUGAUCUGCAAAGCAUUGUUCAGAUGGGUUUUGGAGAUGUUCAGCAACAGAGUAACAACAACAGUUGUAAGAAAAGAUUUAGAACCAGAUUCUCUAAUGAGACAGCUUUAGAACCAGAGUCUCUCAUGCUAAUAACCUCUUUAUGUUUUCAGGUUCUGAGCCAACACUACAGAUGAAGCUUGAGCCAUGAUUAAGAAAGGUGUUUGUUAUUGUAUCUCU